AGUCAUCGACUCAACCCGAAAUUUCCAAGAGUCCUUUUCUCCGUGAAGUCUCCCGAUUUUCAGCCCCAAAUCUUUUUCCCAAUCGCAGCCCCCAAUCUUCUCCCAUAAUUCCACCAAUGUCCUCGUCUUCCUCGAUCCCGAUGUCCUCCUCCUCCUCCUCCUCGCAACAGUCCACACAGCCACGCUCAUUUCCGCUGCCGCCGUUCCGAUCCAUCCUCACGCGCCUCUCCCGCUUCUCCCGCAACGCGCUCGUCAACCAACGCCCCUGGACCGAGCUCGUCGACCGCACCGCCUUCACUCGACCGUCCUCCUUCUCCGACGCGGCCUCGCGCGUGAGGAAAAACGCCGCCUAUUUCCGCGUCAACUACCUGAUCGUGCUCGCCGUCGUCCUCGCCUACUCGCUCCUCUCCCACCCCUUCACUCUCCUCACCCUCGUCGGCCUCGCCGCCGCGUGGAUCUUCCUCUACUCGCACCGACAGUCGGAUCAGCCGCUCGUGAUCUUGGGCCGGACUUACUCCGACACGCAGGUGCUGUUUGGGCUGGGCCUGGUGACGCUGAUCGCGAUCUUGAUGACGAGCGUGCUGUCGCUGCUCAUAACGGCGCUGAUGGUGGGGGUCGGGAUCGUCUGUGCUCACGGCGCGUUUAGGGAUCCUGAGGAUCUGUUCUUGGAUGAAUCGCAGCCGUUGGGUUCUGGAUUCGCUUCGAUGUUCAGUGGGGCCGCUUCCUCUGCUGGCGCCAGCAUGGUGUCACGUGUCUAGGUUUUUGAUAUUCUUCGGAACUCGGAAGGUGUACAGAGUAUAUCAUACUCCGGUGGGUGAGGACUACUAGGUGACCAAAAGGAAAAGAAGAGGAUCUAGAAUUGACCAAGAUAUUCAUUUUUUCUAUUCAUAUUUUGUUAAGUUGUUAUUUGAAGAAAUCUAUAAUGCUGAGAUUGUUUGUUAUUGGAAAUUCAUUGAUUUGUACAUUUGGUUUUAUCAGA